AUGCUUCAGGCAACUCUUCCUUAUAUUCAACAACAUGGCUGGACUAUGGAUGCCAUGACGCAGGGUGCCAAAUCACUUGGAUACCCCUCUGUUGCUCACGGUGUCUUUCCCGGUGGAGAAGCAGGCCUAGUUGAUGCUUUCUUGACCGACUGUCGCCGUCGUUUUAUUGCCAUGGCUGAGGAGAGACAAAACACUGGUCAAUUUGAAGGUUACACUGUAAACGAGAAAGUCAAGAUGCUGACUAUUAUGCGAAUUGGUAUGAUGAAGCCCUACAUCAAAACCUGGCCUGAGGCUUUAGCUAUUAUGGCCCAUCCUACCAAUGUCCCUAUGUCUCUGAAACACUUGAGCGAGGUUGUCGAUGACAUUUGGUUCUAUGCAGGUGACAGAAGUCCUGACAUGGACUGGUAUACAAAGCGUGCUAGUCUUGCAGCCAUCUAUUCUUCCACUGAAGUUUUCAUGACUCAGGAUGUGUCUCCCAACCAUGCAGAGACCUUCCGUUUUUUGAACAGAAGACUUGAUGAAGUUGCUUGGAUCGACGCCAGUGCACGUCAGCUUGGUACUAUGCUUGCUUUUGGGGCAAAGAGCAUGAUGGGCAUGCUUGCCACUCGCGGUGGCCGAUUCAACUAAAAAGCAAAUGAGAAAGACAUGGGGGGUAAUAGAAAGGAAUAGAGUUUUCUUUUUUUUUUUACAAGGGGAUGUCUGUAUAGUAAUAAACUAAAGCAACCAAAGGCUUUCAGACUG